CAGUUAAAAGAGACUUGGACGCAGCACUCGCAAGCUUAAAUACGCCGCAGCAGUCGCGCUUAGUCGGCCAGUUGAUUCGCACAGCUGGAGUUGAGCGGUUGCACGCGUGCACCGAGUGCCAUAUUGCAAAAAAAAUUAAAUUAAAUAAAGUAAAAGAAAAGAAUAAAAAUUGAGGAAAAAGAUCGUUUUUUUUUUUUAAAGAAAAAUUAAUUAUUGGUGCAGGAGUGAAGUGGUUGUGUGAUGAGAAAUUUGUGAAUGCCAAGACUUUUCGUGAAACGCUAUAAAGGACCUUCGGGUGUGGAAUGUGGGGAGAAGGACCCCGCUUGAGGACUGUUACACAAAUAAUGAGAUCUAAUUUGGACGAUUAUAGUCCGUAGGAUGUACUGACGCCCCCAGGGGGCUCUUUAACGUGUUCGCCCAUGCGCUGGACGCUGUUGCUCGCUCUGGUGGCGGUGGCAUAUCCGGCGGCUGGCCAGACGGACAACACCAUCCGCCGCCGUAGCGCAUUUCCGCCCGACGACGUCUUCGACGAGGACAGCGACGAGAGCCCAUCACGACCCACGUGCACAGCGUGCCGGGUACGCGAGGAUCUCAAAAGUGCCAGCCUUGAGUACAUUAAGGCCUAUGUGCUGCACAAUCUUGGCUUUGAGCACCCACCCAAUCUCACGCACGUACCACGCGUGCCCGAAUCCAUCUACGCCAGCUUCUACAACGUCACAGCAGCCACGAGGCACGCCCUCGAUCACGACGAGGACAUGCUUGCGGAUGCACCAGCAGAUGGUACCAUGACAUGGGAAGCACAUCCCGUGCCCGAGAGGCUCUACAUUUUGGGCAAAGUUACCAAAAUGCGUCAUGGACGGAGACAACCUGAUAUUCUUAAUUUUCACAUCUCACCAUUGAGCCAUGCAUCAGUUCAUCGUGCCACAUUGUCGAUUUUCGUGCGUGGCGAAACGUGGCUGCGGCGCCACGUGAAUCACGACCUCCCUAGUCUAUCACACCGUCCACUGAACAUCACUGUCCAUCGGGUCGUGAGGAGUCAGAUACAGCCAUCGGAUAUGGUUCAUUUGCGCGACGAUGCAUCCACACUGGUUAACCUGGAUCCGGGUGCUGGUGCCACCAUUACCAUCGACGUUACGGGCCUCGUUACGGAUUGGUACAACAAUCCCCAGACAAACUAUGGGCUCUUCCUGCGGACGCAUGAUGCACGGAUGCGCCAGCUGCUAGUCCUUGAUGAUCCCGGUGGAAAGAACGUCCCUUUUAUUGAGAUCGUGACCCGGGAUAGGCGGCAUCGACGCCCCAAACGCUCCACAAGUUUAACGUGUCGUGAAAAUGAGAGUGAGACCCGCUGCUGUCGCUACCCACUCGUUGUGGAUUUCGAUAAAUUCGGCUGGGAUUGGGUUAUUGCACCAAAGCAGUACGAUGCUAAUUACUGCUCUGGCGAGUGCUCAAUUAACUUCCUGACGCGCUAUGGGCAUACGCACGUGAUGCAGCUCGCCAGCUCAGCACAGGCUUGCUGCUCACCACGCAAGAUGGCCCCAUUGACGCUGCUCUACUUCAAUCCCCAAGAACAGAUCGUCCACACAACGCUCCAGAACAUGAUUGUACAGAUGUGUAGUUGUUCCUGAGUUACUUACUCUCGCGAUCUCCUCUCCAUUCGACUCGCCCACAACACCCCUCCCCCCAUUUAACCCUCUCAUCGUGCCAUCCUGCACGACUGUAGUUUGUAGUUUUAUUUUUUUUUAAUUUUUAAAUAUUAAUAGUUUCUAUUGUGUAGUCUGUGUAAGCUCCCUUGGUGAGAAUUUCCCGCCAAGAAUGAAAGGAGGAGGAGUACCACCCAUUGCUAAGUUCUUGGUACUUUGCGUGCUGCUUGUAGUUACAUAUAAUAGGUAGUGUUGUAGUAGGAGGAGACCAUUGCCAUUUUGUGCCUUUCCCAUUAGACACUAGAUGUCUCCGGCGUGUGUAAGGUUUGAGUAUUUGAUCAAUGUGAAGCCCAUUCAGCGACGAUUCGACUUAUUUUAUUUUAAUAAUAAGAGAAAAAAUCGAAUAUUCCGAAUUUAAAUUAAAUUUUUUGCUUAAUGUUUUUUUUUUAAUAAAAGAAAAUGCCCUCGCAAGGUACCACGGAGUGAAUUUGUGAAGCAAAAUGUGUUUAACAUUGCACUAAGGCUUCUUUGCAUUUUGCUUUUAGUAAAAUAUUUAAUUGUAGGAUAAUAAAUCAAAAUUAAUUAAUACUUUAUUUAGUAGAAUAUUAAUUAUUAAAAUAAUUAAUCACAAAGAAAAUCAUGUAAAAGAUUUUUAUUUGUAUUUUGAACUGAAGAUAAACGAAAAAAAAACAUAGAGAUGGUUUGUUAAACGAAUUUGUAGCUUCAUUUUGAAGAAUUUAUAAAAUUAAAAAAGAAUUUGAUAUAAAAUAGAAUUUUUUGGUGAUAUUUUUUAGUAUUAGUCUGUAAUUUAACAAAAAAAGGAUGGAAAAUUGAAACGAAAAAUGAGAAAAGUCCGAGCCAGAAAUGAUACUCAAAAUUAUUUGGGGCUCCUCCUUCCAUUUUGCGCAUUUUGUUUUAUACUCCCCCGCAUAUAAAUAAAAUAAUAAUUAAUUUAACUUAAAACGACAAUUUAAAAAAAAUGAAAUUCAGGGGCCUUUGCUUGGGGACCAAGUGUCCAAGUGUUGCUCGACACCAUAAUCUCUCUCUUUUAUAGUCACGUAAGAAUUUUUUUAGGUAAAGAAAAAAGAAAAGGAAAAGAAACGGCUUCAAGUAGUACAUUUUUUGUGCAUCGACUCGUAUAAAAAAGUAGUUUGUAAGAAAAAUAUUUUUUCACGAAAAAUUUCUAACGUUCGCUAAUGUUUUCUUUUCUCGAAAGGAUUCGUAAGGAAAUAAAAAGAAUAUUCACUGAAAAAAAAAAAACAAA